AUGGGCCGUGACCUCCAAAAGAAGAAGCGCCGCUCCGGCCGCCAAAAGAUCAGGCAGCCCAACAAGCCCAAGCGUCUUCUCAACCCCCUGGGCAACGACAUUAUUGCCAAAAACUGGAACAAAAAGGAGACUCUGACGCAAAACUACCGACGACUCGGCCUGACAGCGCGCCUGCGCGGGCCGACAGGCGGCGUAGAGAAGAAGCUGACGGAGAUUGAAAAGACAAAAGGCGUAACGCCGCGCGACCCGUUCGCCAUCGUCUCGACGGAAGAGGCCAUUGUCGACGAGGCCCGCAUCGAGCGCGACGAGAACGGCAAGGUCGUCAGGAUACACUACACCAAGAGCACGCGCGCCAACCCCCUCAACGACCCCCUCAACGAUCUCGAGGAUGACGAUGACGGGGAGGAAGGAGGGGAGAAGGACAAGGAGGAGUGGGGCGGCAUCGACGACAACAGCCGUCCCGAGGUGAUUCGCUUGCUCGAGAGGGAGGCGGCGAGGCCCGAGGUCAAGAAGACGCGGCACAUGAGCCAGCAGGAGCGCGAGUGGCUCCAGAAGCUCAUUGCCAAGCACGGCGACGAUGCCGAGGCCAUGGCGAGGGACCGCAAGCUUAACCCCAUGCAGCAGACCGCGGGUGACAUUGCCCGUAGAGUGAGGAGAUUUACUGGAAAGGUUUAA